AAUAUCAGAACGUGAACCCAAAAGAAGAAUUCCAACAGAGGCUGAAAUCCACCUUAAUAUCAACAACAGUACGAUAAUUCUCAAACAGGGGUCGGAUCUCAUCCACAGUGCAUGUCAAAGGAACAUUCUGGACAAGCAACCUCGUUCUUCUUCUUCUACGACAUUCCCGUCGAGGGAUUCUGAUUGAAUGGUGGGCUGGGCUGGGCUGGGCUGGGGCUGGGCUUGGGCUGGGGCUUGAGCAAGGAACAGCUGAAGAUUGGACCUCCGGGGCUUAGUGGUGAGAGAAGGAUGACAAGGGUUGGGAGGCAGCGGAGGCGGCGGAAGGAAUUGGUGGUUGAUACGGCUGAGCCUUCGACAGCCCAAGAAGUUCGGGCCCAAGAGAAAGCUGCAGAAACCAGCCCGGUACAGAAAGCUGAAGUAGAAGACGAGCAAUGUGAAUUAACAGUUUCAGACAUUUCCUUCCUUUUCCCAUCGAUCUCAUCAAACUAAUCCCGAGCUAUGCUUUGUUCGAUCACCUCCAAAAUCCGCUAUUUCCGCUUACACCACUCUAUUCUUCUUUCACACCUUCACACACUUCUCUUUUACCACACCUCCCCUGGCAAAAGCUCUCCCUUUGCUCCCAAACCCACGUCGCAAUCCGUUCAAAAACCCCCCCAGUCUGAUCUUUUCACGAGUUCGGCUGCAACCCGCUUCAAUUGUUCCUACUUUGAACCCGAUACAGUUCUUGAAACCCUCAACUGUUAUGCGAAUGACUGGAAGGUUGCGUUAGAGUUCUUCAACUGGGUCGAAACCCAUUGCGAGUUUCAACACACCACUCAGACAUUUAACCGGAUUGUUGACAUUCUUGGUAAGUUUUUUGAGUUUGAUACUGCCUGGAAUCUGAUAGAAAGAAUGACAAAACACCCAUCUUCUGUGCCUGAUCAUACAACGUUCCGGGUGUUAUUUAAGCGUUAUGUCUCUGCUCACCUCGUUAAGGAAGCAAUUGACGCGUUCUGUAAAUUGGACGAGUAUAAUUUGAGGGAUGAAACUUCGUUCUCGAAUUUGAUUGACGCUUUGUGCGAGUACAAACAUGUGAUAGAAGCUGAAGAACUGUGCUUCAAGAAAAAUAGGGAUUAUAAGUAUGAUAACAAACUGUCUGGGCUUAAUGUUGAAACGACAAAGAUUUAUAAUAUGAUUCUGCGUGGUUGGUUCAAAAUGAAGUGGUGGAGGAAGUGUAGAGAGUUUUGGGAAGAGAUGGAUAAGAGGGGUGUGAGGAAAGAUUUGUAUUCAUACUCGAUAUAUAUGGACAUUCAGUGCAAGUGUGGGAAGCCAUGGAAGGCGGUAAGCUUGUACAAGCAGAUGAGGAAGAAGGGUAUUGAGUUGGAUGUAGUGGCAUACAACACUGUAAUUCGUGCUAUCGGGGUUUCUGAGGGGGUUGAUAUGGCCGUGAGGCUUUACAAAGAGAUGAUUGAAUUGAGCUGCCAGCCAAAUGUUGUAACUUUUAACACAAUUCUAAAGCUGUUGUGUGAGAAUGGGAGGUAUAGAGAGGCACAUAAAGUUCUCAAUCUGAUGACUAAGAAGGGUUGUCAGCCUGAUAUAGUUACAUACCACUGCUUCUUCACAUGCCUUGAAAAGCCCCGUGAGAUUCUUAAGUUGUUUGAUAGGAUGAUUGAAAGUGGUGUGCGACCGAGGAUGGACACAUAUGUUAUGCUCAUGAGGAAGUUUGGAAGAUGGGGUUUCCUCCGGCCAGUUUUUCUUGUUUGGAAGAAGAUGGAGGAGCAUGGACUGAGCCCAGAUGAGUUUGCAUAUAAUGCUUUGAUUGAUGUUCUGCUGCAGAAAGGUUUGGUCGAUAUGGCACGAAAGUAUGAUGAAGAGAUGUUAUUGAAAGGGCUUUCAGCUAAACCAAGAGCUGAAUUGCAGACCACAAUGGAUACUGAAGGAUCCAACUAGCAUCAUUUUUCACAGAAAUUAUAACAUAAUCCCUUGGACCCUCCAUACAUAUUGAGAGCCUUAUUUCAAGAAUCAGUAUCAGGUUGAGAUGAGAAAAUAUAUUCAAUGCUGCAUAACAACUAUUCUCCAUUGGUUCACUACUAAUGCUUCGACUUUUCAGGUCUAAUGAUAGAGGUCCAUUUCAAGAACCAAUUGAGAUCAGAGAAAUACAUGUAGUAUGAUAAUAAUUUUGCAUGAUAAGAAAAGAACAGUCGUGGCUACUCAUACGAUAGCCGUUUCCUCAUACUAUUCACUUUCUUGCAUCUAGAUAUCAAAGAUCAUAUCUUUUAUAGGUUUUAGCAGGACAAGAUCGCCUCAAUAACUGGAUGGCCAAAAAAAUAUAUAAACAGAUAUCAAGUCGUAGAAAAAGAGUAAAGCUGAAGUUAAAUUCUAUUUCAGCUGCAGAUACAAACUGGACUAACACUGGCAUGUAUUCACAACGGGCACAGAUAUGGGAAAACUCACUGAGCUCAAGUGAUUAAACAGCAGCUGAUCACAUUCUCUCAUGUUUUUGCCCAACAGAAUUCAAUUCACUUCAGCACUCUCUGAUUGAAUAGCGGACUUCGU